AUGGUGAACCUAAACACAAGAGCCUUAGUCAUUUUAGCUUUACUCAUUUUCACCGCCACAACCACAACCACAGCCGCCAUCGACACUGCAAACACCCUCAAAUUAACCAUGUGUAGCACCACUGAUUAUAAAAACACAUGCAUGAAAUCCCUUAGGGCCGCCGGAAUAACAAGGGACCCGAGAUUGCUACUAAGGACUGCCUUUUUUGCCGCCAUCCAUGGCACCCAAAAGGCAAUCAACGCCACAUCUAUCCAAUACGACUCAAAUGCUAUGGUGGAUUACGAGAUUUGCAAAGAACUCCUCGACUUGUCAACGGAUGACAUCAAGAAAGCAAUUAAAAAGUUAGAAGAGAUCAAAUUAAAUCCGGAAAAUAGGGAUCAACUACUAUAUGAUAUUAGGACAAGACUUUCCGGUUCACUAACAUUCCACCAAACUUGCAUGGACGAGAUUCAAAACGUGACCAGAAGAGGAGACCUCUUGCGGAUUUUGCAUCUAUCGACGGAACUUUCUAGUAACGCUCUCGCUAUGUUAGCAUUCGAAAAAGACCUCGCUAAUUGGUCGUGGACUAGCAAAGAGAAUAAGAGGUUAGUUAUGUCUUCACUGCCUUCACCAUCGGCGGCCUUAAAAGAUCAAGUCACGAUAUUCAUAGUGUCGAAAGAUGGAUCGGGAAUGUUUAAAACAAUUAAUGGAGCGUUGAGUGCAAUUCCGAUUACAAGUGAUAAUGAUAUUGAAAGGAAAUAUUUGAUAUAUGUAAAACCUGGUGUUUAUAAAGAAUAUGUGGAGAUUACAAAGAAUAUGAAGAAUGUUUUCUUGAUUGGAUAUGGCCCCUCGCAAACUAGGAUUGUCGGAAAUAGAAGUGUCAAAGGUGGAUUCAAAACAUUUAGGACUCCAACAGUUAUUGUGAAUGGGGAGAAUUUCUUGGCAAGAGACAUAUCAAUCGAAAACACAGCCGGACCCGAGAACGAUCAGGCGGUAGCCCUUAGGAUAACGGCAGACAAAUCCAUCAUUUACAAUUGUUAUAUAGCCGGUAAUCAAGACACCCUUUACGCUCACGCCCACAGACAAUUCUACCGCGACUGCACCAUCUCCGGCACGGUCGAUUUCAUAUUCGGCAACGCCGCCGCAGUCUUCCAAAACUGUAAGAUCGUCUUCAAGCAGCCAAGAAUCAAUCAAAACUUACGUGUAAUCUCCGCCCAAAGUCGAACAGAUUGGAGAUCCAACACCGGCUUUGUAUUCCAAAAUUGCACAAUCACGGCCGAUGAAACCUACUAUGCUAAAAACCGCAUUUUAAGGUCUUUUCUUGGUAGGCCAUGGAAGAAAUACUCGAGAACUAUAUUCAUGGAAUCUGAAAUUCAUGAUGUAAUUGAUCCAGCUGGGUGGAUGCCGUGGAUCGGUCAAAAGGAUUAUUUGUUGACGAUUUGGUAUGGCGAGUAUUUGAAUAGAGGCCGGGGCGCUGAUCUGAGAAGGAGAGUUAACUGGAUUGGAUAUCAUAAGAAUAUUACCGAUGAAGUGGCCGCCUAUUUUGUUCCACGACGGUUUAUUGACGGCGAUCACUGGAUAACAGCGGUGGACAUACCCUAUUUUCCCAACUUUAAUAUAUGA